GCCACUCCCAGGCCGUGCGGUCUCUUCCCUUCCUCACCUUCCUGACCCGCCCUGCGGUUCGCCGCGCGCCGCUUCCGUCGUCGGAGUUGUGACGUUUCCGGCACGCCGGAAGGAGAACCUGCGAGCGCUUUUAGAACUAUGGCGGCGGUCGAUAUUCGAGAUAAUCUGCUGGGAAUCUCUUGGGUUGACAGUUCCUGGAUCCCCAUUUUGAACAGUGGAAGUGUCCUGGAUUACUUUUCAGAAAGAAGUAAUCCUUUUUACGACAGAACAUGUAAUAAUGAGGUGGUCAAAAUGCAGAGGCUAACAUUAGAACAUUUAAAUCAAAUGGUUGGAGUAGAAUACAUCCUUUUACAUGCUCAAGAGCCCAUUCUUUUUAUCAUUCGGAAGCAACAGCGGCAGUCCCCUACCCAAGUUAUACCACUGGCUGAUUACUAUAUCAUUGCUGGAGUGAUUUAUCAAGCCCCAGACUUGGGGUCUGUUAUAAACUCUAGGGUGCUUACUGCAGUGCAUGGCAUUCAGUCAGCUUUUGAUGAAGCUAUGUCCUACUGUCGAUACCAUCCUUCCAAAGGGUAUUGGUGGCAUUUCAAAGAUCACGAAGAGCAAGAUAAAGUCAAACCUAAAGCUAAAAGGAAAGAAGAACCAAGCUCUAUUUUUCAGAGACAACGUGUGGAUGCUUUACUCCUAGACCUACGACAGAAAUUUCCACCCAAAUUUGUGCAGGCUUGGCCCCUAAUCCAGGAUCACUGAUGUCCUUAUAAAAAAGAAAACCAUGUGAAGAAAUAACAGGAGAACACUAUGUGAAGAUGAAGGACAGGAGUGAUCCACCUAUAAGCCUGGGAAUUCUAGAGAUUACCAGCAAAUCAUCAGAAGCUAGGAAGAAGCAAGGAAAAAUUCCCUUAUAGAUUUCAAGAGGAUCAUAUCCCUGCCGACACUUUGAUUUUGGACUUAUAGCCUUUGGAACUUUUAGAUAAUAAAUUUCUUUUGCUUUAAACCACUAGUUUGUGGUACUUUGUUUUGGGAGCCCUAGGAAAUCAAUAACAGUCUGCCUGUUACUCUUUUACUCAGAUUGCUGGGUCACAAGUAUGACUUUAUACUACUUCAUUGAUGAUGCUGAUAUGUCUGUUUAGAAGCUCCAUGAUUAUAGUUUCACAUUCAGGAAUGUGGUCCAUUUGUUGGGGAUUGACUGAUAGAUCAAUUUGGGGAGAACUGACAUUCUAGCAAUAUCACGUCUAAAGAACCACAGACAUGCUGUAUUUCUUCAUUUAUUUAGGUUUUCUUUAAUUUCUCUUAGAGUUUUGAGAAUACAGGUCUGUAUAUGUUUUGUUAACUUUAUUCUGAGGGACGCCUGGGUGGCUCCAUUGGUUAUGCAUCUGCUUUCUGCUCAGGUCAUGAUCCCAGGGUCCUGGGAUCAAGUCCCGGAUGGGGCUCCUUGCUCAGUGAAGAGCCUGCUUCUGCCUCUGCCUGCUACUCCGUUUGUGUGCACACUCUUUCUGACAAAACCUUUUAAAAAAAGGUUUGUUUUUAAAAUACUAUGUUUUUUUAAAAUACUAUUAUAAAGAUGUUUAAAAGUUUUAAUUUAUAUUUUGUCUUAGUAUGUAGACUUAUAGUUGUGUUUUUUGUAUAUUCGACCUUGUAGCCUGUUACUUUGCCAAAUUCAGUUAGUUCUGAUGGGGUAUUUUGUGCACUGCUUAGGAUUUUCUAUAUCCAUGAUGUCACCUGGGAAUAUAAAGAGUUUUAUUUCUGUUAAAUAACAUGAAAUUUAUCAUUUUAACCAUUUUUAAGUAUACAGUUGAGUGGCAUUAAGUACAUUCAUAUUAUGCAAGCAUCGCCAUCCAUCUCCGGAACUUUUUCAUCAUCCCAAACUGAAACUCCAUACUCAUUAAACAAUAACCCCUCUUUUCCCCUUCCCCCAGACCCUGGUAACCAGUGUACUGUAUAUUACUAUGAAUUUGUCUACUCUAGGUAUCUCAUGUAAAUGGGGAAAAUACUUCUACAGUAUUUAACUAUUUGUGUCUGGUUUAUUUUAGUUAACAUAAGGUGUUCAGGGUUCAUCAAUGUUCGAGUAAGUGUCAGAAUUUUCUUUUUAAAGUUAAGUAAUACUCCAUUGUAUGUAUGUAUGUGUGUAUUCACACACAUUCUGUUUAUUUGGUCAGUGGACAUUUGUGUUUUCACAUUUGACUGUUGUGAAUAAUGCUGCUAUAAACACUUAAUGUACAAAUGUG